AAGCCACCAUGGCAACAUCGCGCUUCAAUAGCAUGCAGUCAGUGGAGUUGAAGUAAGGUUUUCGUGAACGAAGGACAGAAGUUUGUCUCUAAAGUUACACAUGAGUGGAAAUAAAACUUUAUAAACACGGUUUUAACCACCGACGUACAAUUUAGAUUUAAAACGGCUUCGUCAGCUCGUGAUACAUUUAAAAUGCCUGAAGUUAUGCAAGAACUAGUGUCAGAUGUGAAGAAAAAUAAAUUGUCUGCGAUACCAAAACUCACGGACGAUGAUGUGGUCAGUGUUUGGGAGAACGUUUCAAAUUUUAUUGAACACAAUAUGUCGAUGCAAAAGGGUGUUCAAAUUCAUGGACUUGGAACAUUUACAUUUAGUCAGAAAAAAUUAGACAUCGGAAACAACAAAUUCAUUCUGAUCCAGAGACCAGUUUUUCUGCUCGCAGAGAAGUUUGCUCAAACACAUGGACUAAACUAUGCCAAACACUAUACAUCUGGUAAGAUUAGAUUAUGUUACUGUUUUCAUCAAUCUAAUUUAGUUCAUUUUUUAUCACCACUAAAUAAUGGAGAGAAUAUUCACAUGUUGUUUGGUGCUAGGCCUUGUUAUUUUUGUGAUUUUAAUGGGAGGAAGUUUUGUCCUUUUCGUCCACACACUAGCAACACUCUAGUACUACCAAGGAUCACACAAGGCACUGAUAAUAGUUUUGCCCCUCAAGAUGAGGGGAAAGCUUCACAGAAACCAUUGAUGGAUGCCAUCAGAGAAGAUGAGGAACAGGAUGAAUUACAGGAAGACAUGGAAGAGUUUAUGGAUUUAGAACAAGAUGAAUAUGUAGAGAAAAAGUAUGCUAGCCCUGGUCGUGUCUCAUCCAGACAAGUGGCACCAACAGCCAUGGCCACUGGGAUCAGUCUAGCUGCUGAGGAUCUCACACCUGUUACACCUCUAAGAGGUAUCAAAGGUAGCCAUGUAACACCAUCACCACCCACAAGCAAGCCAGCCUCACCCUGUGGCGAGCUUCCUCCACCCAGAUCACCUAAGGGCUUAGCACGUCAAACAACGUUUGCUGAGGGUCUAAAUGAUGUGCGUGAAAUCUCUCCAGUCUACUGCAGUCAUGACAAUGCAGGCCAGGAACUCUGUUAUUUGUGUCAUCAGAGAGCUGUUCGUAACAUACCUGUGAAUUUUGACGCAGAAAGACGACGAAAGGAACAGGAACAAGAUCGUCUCUUACAACAGUAUCAGCAUAUGAAGGAUACAGAAGCCAUUAUUGUAGAACAAGCGAAGAACAUGUCUAACCGUCACCACAGCCAAAAGGUGGCGGCAUUCAACCUUGGGGUUUCUGAAGCCAUUAAGCAGAAGAGGAAAGAGCGCUCAAAUGAAUUCCAUAGAUCUUACAUAUUCAAUCACAGAUCCAUCACACCGCCUUCCCACAUCCGUCAGGAAGAGUAUUCCGGAUUUUUAUCUGGACAAGUUGAGGCAAAGACAGCUGACAAAAUGAGAAGAAAACAUGACCAAGAAUUCCUAGAAAGAUUAGAACAAGUGCAGUUGGCUGAAGAACUUGCAGCACAAAGGGAACAGUAUUUAAAGGAUAAGAUGAACCAAACCAACAUGUAUCAGAGAGCUCUAUCUGCGCAGAUUCGAAUUAGGGACAACCUUUCUCAUUGUCAUAACAAGUUCAUAGACAAUGACUGUGAAGAGGCAGAUAGUUGUAUGAAGUUGCUAGGCCCUCUCUCACUCCCAGUUCCUAAAAUCAUUCUACCAUUCUGCAAGAGUGAGCCUCUGAGAUUAGAGAUGCCUGAUAAGAAAACGGUUCGAUUCAAGCCACUGCCAUUACCCGCAGCCGUUCCCGACUCUAAAGGACCGAUAUUCGGCAAAAACGAUGCCACCAACGAGAAGCUUGCCGAUCAGAGACGCCGUGCUAUUGAAGUUUUCCGCGAACAACUUGCAGAAGUAGAAGCUGCGCGGCAGAAUAAGGUGCUGAAGCAUGUAAAGCAACAGAAAGAGGAAAGCGAAAUCUUAGACCGAACAAGAAGGGAGCUUAUAAAUGAUCGUGCAGCUAGACAUGAGAAGGUAUUUAAAAUGCGCAAGUCAUUGGAGGACAGUUGGCAGAAGGCAGCGGAUUGUAAACACAAACAAGAAGAUUUAGAGAAGCUACGCAUGCAAAGUCCCGGAAUUCUUGUUCAUGAACAAUGCAAGGGCUACCAUCGCUGCGGUCAAUGUUUGCGGCAACUCACUAACUGCGGUGAAUCCAACAUCUGGAGUGAAUCACGCUACAUACCUGGAUCUCGUCUAAUGGUGUAACAUUGUAUAUGUGCAUUGUAAGAAUCCUAACAUAAAUAUUUUGGAUGUGGUUAGUAAUGGAUACAUAUUAUGCUACUUGAUAAAUUAUUGUCGGAAAUUGAGAAUAAAAUUAUAGUAGGUCAUGACAAAGGGAUCUAAAACCCUGAUUGUUAUUGUUCAUCAUCAUGUUCCUUUAUUGUGCUAAACCUUGUUUUUUAGUAGGGAGUUUUUGCUGCACGACGUUAACCUUAACGGAUGACGUCAUAAUUUAUUCAUCUUGCGUUGCGGAGUACGUUAUUUUCAGGAUUUUACGUGCUCGACAGACGUUAGUUACGGGUUUGCGCAUGCGUAUUUCGAUUUGUUUACAAAAGGGGCGGAGUUAUCGCGUUGCAUGUUGGGUACUAACAUUAAAGUUAAGAUUAACGUCGUGCACCGAAAACUACCUAGUAUGCACUUGUGUCCUUUGGCAAAGUAAUUACCUAUGGUUUUUGUCACCACUCCAUAGUACAGUAUAAGUGGGUUCCUGGUAGGUCCAACACGUUGAUUACCAGCUGCUGUAUUAUGAAGUUCUCUUCCAGGGAGCAAAGUUUUUGACCCCAUUGAGAAGGAAGGGGGGUGGGGAAGAUGGGAAGAAGAAUAGCAUCAGAAUUUAACAUCUAAGGCUCUUCGUCAAUCAGCAGACAAACUGAUUUUAAAGCCAAAGUCACUAACUUGGAAAAAAUCUGUUAUGAUAUAAUCCAUAAUAUGUGGCAUACAAUUUUGAAGUAGAUAAUGUUAAGUCAUCUCUGGUAGUAGAUAAUGUUAAGUCAUCUCUGGUUUCCUUGAUGAUUUCAAGGAUUGAAUUGAAUUUUGUUUGAUUAUUUGUACUUUGUUUUAAAAAUAAUUCUGAGAACACCUUUUACUCUUAGAAAUUCAGUACUUUGUGAUGAUUGUGCAAAUGAGGUAUAUGAAAUAAUAGAUAAUAUUUUAAUAGAUUUUAAUAAUACAUACUGUCCUGUACCCAGG